GGGGGAGGGCUGAUGGUUACCGGGUGGUGUCAGCCCUCCCUCAUUCAGUAAAGGGGGGGGGAGAGGGGGGAGGAAGAGACCCUCCCCCCCCCAUCCUCCUCCUCACACCCGGCGCUCGAGGGCCACCAGUGACACCGCGCGCGACACCCGCCAGCCAUCCCGAGCGCCUCGCGAUUUGGGCGGGAAAACGAGCUCGGCACCGAGAGAGAGAGAGCGCGAGCUCGGCACUGACAGGAGGCGCGGCCCGGAAGGUGAGGAUGUGGUACUCGGGUCUGGGGUGAUCGUACAGAGCGCUAUACCCGGGGCUGGGCUGGGCUACCCCCCCGGUGCCUGGCGGAGAGGGAGAGAUGGAUGGAUGGAGGGCGGUGCGCGAAGUAGUUGUGGUAGUUACUCGGCCGGUGACGGGGAAACUUUGUUCAUUUUUUUUUUUUUUACUCGAUGGGCUUCUCGUGGGCUUUAACGGCUUAACGGACAUCGCGGACUUUUAGUAACUUGGCGAAAAGUUAUCGCCAGUGCCCUGUCUGUCUGUCUGUCCGCCACCGGAAGUGAUUGGCAAAUCAGGGUCUGUCCCCGGGGGCCGGUAUCGUGUCAUCUGAUCUUAUAUCGCCUUAUUAGGGGGGUCAGACCUCAUCCUUAUUAUUGGUUUAAACUCUGUGUAUAACAUUAUUAUUAUUAUUAUUAUUAUUAUUAUUAUUAUUAUUAUUAUUAAUUUUUUAUUAUUAUUAUUAUUAUUUUUUUUUUAUCUUUGAGGUGUCUUGGUAUCAGGCAGGUUGAGGGGGUGUUUAAGUAGAUAUUUUAUAUCUCUUGGGGCCAAACUUAAUCAAUGCAUCUCUAUGAGUAAAGUUUUUAGUGUCUCCAUGCAGAACGUGGAGACACUGAAUGGCAGUGUUGCUAACUGUGCAGCACUGCCUCAGGAAGCACCUCCAGUAGCCAUCUGAGAAGUUGACAUUGAAGGUGUCCCAAAGGGGAAAUGUAAAAGGCAGUGUUUACAUGAAAAUGCCUGCAGGAAAUGAUUAUACUCACCAGAACUACAUUAAGCUGUAGUUGUUCUGGUGACUAUAGUGUCCCUUUUAAUGGUUCUCUGCAGGGUCAGCAACAAAUACACUGCCUUGCCUUGUCAGAGAAAACUGCCUAACACCACCUGUAGAGUAACUUCCUGGAUGCAGUCCUGCAUCGAUUGCAGGACAGAUAUUCAGUGUCUCCACACACGUUGGAUGUGUUAGUUAGUUUUACAUUGUUUAUAUUAAAACGGCACUGUCACCCCUGGGCGGCUGGUGGGGGCCAUAAUGAUAAUGGGGGGGGACCUACUGUCCUCCCACCCCUGGGCGGCGGGUGGGGGCCAUAAAGAUAAUGAGGGGGUGGGACCUACUGUCCCGCCCCCACCCCUACCUCUGGGCGGCAGGUGGGGGACAUAUUGAUAAUGAGGGGGGGGACCUGCUGCCCCCGGCCGCCACCCCUGCGCGGCGGGUGGGGGCCAUAUUGAUAAUGAGGGGGGAGGGACCUACUGUCCACCCCCACCCCCCCUGGCCCCCACCCCUGGGCGACGGGUGGGGGCCAAAUGAUAAUGAGGGGGGCCUACUGUCCUCCCCCCCCGCCCCCACCCCCACCCCUGGGCGGCGGGUGGGGGCCAAAUGAUAAUGAGGGGGGGGACCUACUGUCCUCCCCCCUGCCCCCACCCCCACCCCUGGGCGGCGAGUGGGGGCCAUAAAGAUAAUGGGGGGGGGGGCGACCUACUGUCCCCCCCCUCAUUGUCUUUAUGGCCCCCACCCGCCGCCCAGGGGUGGGGGCCGGGGGGGGGCAGUAGGUCCCUCCCCCCCAUUAUCAUUAUGACCACCGCCCAGGUGGGGGCCAUGUUGUCGUUUUUUUUGUUUUUUUUUUACAGUGAGCAGCCACAGGCUGCUCACUGUUUACCAGACAUGCCCCUACUCGCAGUAUAGCGAGUAGGGGCAUAUUAUUUACUAAUACUAAAUAAUCUUUACUUAGUAUUAGUAAAUGUGGCUGAAAGACCAAUUUAGGUCUUUCAGCCUUUUAGUAGAUAACUCCCUGAUACUGUGGGAAUUAGGGAGUUAUCUACUAAGCGGCUGCAAGAUGCAGCCACAGCAUGAAUAGGAUCAGAGUUUCAUUCAUUAGAAUGAAAUUCCGAUCCGAAUAAAGUGCCGAAUUGCGUUCUAAAAGAAACGAACAUACUGUUCUCAUUCAGUUAGAACGCAAUUCGGCAGUUUCGUCUAAAAUGACAGGAAGCAUCGUGGGAACACAGAGGGAAGGUGAGAAUCAUGGGAAAAUUGCUCUGACCAGCGGAAAUGAAGCACACUUUGCUCCUCCGCUGGUCAGAGCUGGUCAAGUGGAGGAAUCCUCCAUAAGGCAAAGAGUCCCUACUUUGUCUUAUGAUUUUAAAGAAGACAGGAAGAAAAGAAUAACCGAUCCUGAGAGAGGGGAAGAAGAGGAAGAGAUCGAGGAAAGGUAAGUUCGGCAUGACAGUGCGCUUUAAGUAUAUAUUCUUUUUAUUAGUGCAAACUAGAACAAGUAAACCAUAACUAUAUAUAUUUAGGUCUUAGCUUGAAAUCUUCUCCUCAGGUCAGCUGAUUAAUACAUGUAUCAUACAGUUUAUUUCUUUGACCAUAACCCGUAAGUAAGCUAAAUACAAUUGCAAUGACCAAAUGCCUGGCUCAGCCUUAUGGAUGCCGUGUGGCACAUUAAUAUACAUUCUUCAGUUCCUGGUUCUGAAGUGACAGCUUUCCCUUUCAGUUUUGCACCAACAAAUUACGACUUAAGCGAACUGUUUAAAUCAGGCUUAUUUCUUGUCGUAAAUCCUGAGAAAAGCAAUUUGUUAUUGCCAACUAGUCUUUCUUUAUAGAAUUAGAUAGUGUUGGUAUCGACGUGUCCUUUAGUAUGAGUGUAAUGCACCUUUUCUGUGAAACUCUGUUGGAAAAAACAAGACAAAUGAUUAGAGGAUAGUAUGGUACCACCUGUGACACUAUAACUAAGAAACAGCGUCCAGGUGGGGCCAACUAUCCCUAACACCAUCCCGAGACUCCAGGGGUCUCUCAGGGCUUAAAGGACCACUAUAGUGCCAGGAAAACAUACUCGUUUUCCUGGCACUAUAGGGUCUCUUGGUCGCCCCCACCCUUAGGGUCCUUUUCCCGCCAGGCUCUAGGGGUAAGAAGGGGUUAAAUUACUUGCCUUUCUCUACUGCCGGGCUCCCUCGGCGGUGGGGACUCUCCGCCUCCUUUCCCGUCAUCGGCUGAAUUCAGCCAGUACAUAGGAAAGCAUUCUCAAUGCUUUCCUAUGGACGCAAGCGUCUUCUCUCUUUGAAAAUCACAGUGAGAAGCGCGGAAGUACCUCUAGCAGCUGUCAAUGAGACAGCCACUAGAGGCUGGAUUAACCCUAAGAUAAACAUAGCAGUUAGCAGAAAGGGUUAUUCCUAGAUGGACCAGGCACCCAGACCACUUCAUUAAACUGAAGUGGUAUGGGUGCCUAUAGUGUUCCUUUAACCCUAUAGUAAACUAGAACAAAAAAGUACAAACAAAUAUACAUGGAAUCCCAGCACAAAAAGUGUUGAGAAUUCACUGUAUCACCUGAAAAUUAAAGUAGUUGUUGUUAUGGUAUCUAUAUAGUAUAAAGAUAUUUGCAGCUAGGUGUAUAUGUACAGUGAAAGUGAGAUCCGGUGGAAAAAAUAAUAAUAAUCAUCUUCUAAUCAUCAAGGUAUGCUUCUAUGUUACAGCUAUAUAACAAAUCAAAGUCGCUUAUCUACAUAGAGUACAAAUGUGUAUAAAAUGAGCUUUUUUAGUUUUGUCUCUCAGUGUAAAGGAACUCCCCUAGAUCAUAUUCCUAGUGUUAUAUAGUAAAAUAUCUCCUGAUAUAUAGUAUCCUGAAAGUCUAUAAAGUGUCUAUCCUAAUGAUAUAUUAGUAGCUAGAGGUACAGGCUAUUAUCCUCCCCACCCCUCCCCCCAGUGCUUUUGGAUUACUUGGCCUGCGCUCUAUUUCAUCCCAGACUUUGCCAAACUGUAAUCCUGAGUAUGAGUACAUUGAUAGCAGCAACAGUAUGGCUCUUGGGGAUAAACUACUUCUCUUCUGUUGGGUCUGUUCCUGGUAAGGCACUACCUGCAGUUUAGUCAAACCUAUAAACAAUAAAUUGAGGAAAACUUUGUGGUAGUGAUUGAAUGCUUCGUGAUACUGCACAGGUCUACGUGCAGAUCUGAUGGCAGUCUUAAAGGAACAUUAGAACUUUAAAAAUGUAUUUUUAAAGUUUAAAAGUGCUCCUAUAUGUAGUAUUUCUAGUGACUGUCAGACUAACAUUGUUGUGCCUCAGAAACCGCAAUAUUUCACCUGGUUCUGAAACUAGGGUUCGGGAUCUAUGCACCAAAACGUCUUCAUUAAAAUAAAGUGGUUUUGGUGCUUAGUGUUCCUUUGCUGAAUGUAUAACUUUUAAACCAUGGUUGCUGGUUAUUUUAUUAGAAUAGUGUGGAUUUUAAGAGAGAAGACAAAAAGGAAUUGGGGGCACACCUGAAACAUGUAUUAAUGACCAUAAAUCCCUGCCUGAAGUGUUCAAUGUUCCCUAGGAUGGAUUCAUAGUCAGUGGUCAUAGACUUUACUUUAUGUAAAGUCCAAAUACAUAUUUUUGAUUUGAUGUGUAAACUUUUGAAUUGAAACCGCAUUUCCAUUUCCUAUUAUGAGUUUAGCAUUUGUAACCACUUCACAUUUAAAUACAAUUUUAUAUUAAAACGAAGGGAAAAAAAACACCUCAUUAUCCUGAUGCUUGUUUCCUGCAGACAUGCUACUUCCCUUUUUGUAUCCUGCAUACUAUGGGUUGUCUGCUUCAUAUGAGUAUGAGACAUUUUUGCAUUCAGUGAGCCAUGGUAUAAAACAGAUUUACCCUAGUUGGUUGCCUCCAUUCUAUCUUUUUCUGAACUCCCUACAGAUUCCCCCAUUCUCUCCCCCCUGUAUAAACCUCACAGUAAAGUUUGUAGUACUACUACAGCUAUUUUUGCCUUUCUGUGUAGUUAGUUUUACAUUGUUUACUUUAAGUAUAUAUAUUUUUUAUUACUGCAAACUAGAGCAAGUAAACCAUAAUUAUAUAUUUAGGUCUUAGCUUGAAAUCUUCUCCUCAGGUCAGCUGAUUAAUACAUGUAUCAUACAGUUUAUUCCUUUGACCAUAACCAGUAAGUAAGCUAAAUACAAUUGCAAUGACCAAAUGCCUGGCUCAGCCUUAUGGAUGUUGUGUGGCACAUUAAUAUAAAUUCUUCAAUUCCUGGUUCUGAAGUGACAGCUUUUCCUUUCAGUUUUGCACCAACAAAUUACGACUUAACCGAACUGUGUAAAUCAGACUUAUUUCUUGUCGUAAAUCCUGAGAAAAACAAUUUAUUAUUGCCAACUAGUCUUUCUUUAUAGAAUUAGAUAGUGUUGGUAUCGACGUGCCCUUUAGUAUGUGUAAUGCACCUUUUCUGUGAAACUCUAUUGACAAAUGAACAAGACAAAUGAUUAGAGGAUAGUAUGGUACCACCUGUGACACUAUAACUAAGAAACAGCGUCCAGGUGGGGCCAACUAUCCUUAACACCAGACCGAGACUCCAGGGGUCUCUCAGGGCUUAAAGGACCACUAUAGUGCCAGGAAAACAUACUCGUUUUCCUGGCAUUAUAGGGUCUCUAGGUCCUCCUCCCGCCGGGCUCUAGGGGUAGGAAGGGGUUAAAUCACUUGCCUUUCUCCACCGCCGGGCUCCCUCGGUGGUGGGGACUCUCCGCCUCCUUUACUGUCAUCGGCUGAAUGUGCAUGCACGGCAAGAGCCGAGCGCGCAUUCAGACAGUCCAUAGGAAAGCAUUCUCAAUGCUUUCCUAUGGAUGCAAGCGUCUUCUCACUGUGAAAAUCACAGUGAGAAGCGUGGAAGUGCCUCUAGCAGCUGUCAAUGAGACAGCCACUAGAGGCUGGAUUAACCCUAAUAUAAACAUAGCAGUUUCUCUGAAACUGCUAUGUUUACAGCAGAAAGGGUUAAUCCUAGAUGGACCAGGCACCCAGACCACUUCAUUAAGCUGAAGUGGUUUGGGUGCCUAUAGUGGUCCUUUAACCCUAUAGUAAACUAGAACAAAAAAGUACAAACAAAUAUACAUGGAAUCCCAGCACAAAAAGUGUUGAGAAUUCACUGUAUCACCUGAAAAUUAAAGUAGUUGUUGUUAUGGUAUCUAUAUAGUAUAAAGAUAUUUGCAGCUAGGUGUAUAUGUACAGUGAAAGUGAGAUCCGGUGGAAAUAAUAAUAAUCAUCUUCUAAUCAUCAAGGUAUGCUUCUAUGUUACAGCUAUAUAACAAAUCAAAGUCGCUUAUCUACAUAGAGUACAAAUGUGUAUAAAAUGAGCUUUUUUAGUUUUGUCUCUCAGUGUAAAGGAACUCCCCUAGAUCAUAUUCCUAGUGUUAUAUAGUAAAAUAUCUCCUGAUAUAUAGUAUCCUGAAAGUCUAUAACGUGUCUAUCCUAAUGAUAUAUAUUAGUAGCUUGGGGUACAGGCUAUUAUCCUCUCCCCCCCCCCCCAUUAUAAUGCCUGGUAGAAUGUAAUAGUAUAAAUGGUAACACACAGCUAAAGUAAAUAGUCAAAAAAUAUACACUUGUAUCCUAGUGGAUACCCAGAAGACAAACAAUAUUAGCAGAGUUUAUAGGUAGAAAGGAAAAAUGAGAAUACCAAUGCCGGAAAACAUUCGGUUUAAAUAGCCUCUCUCCCUGGUAAAUUAGCUAAACAGACAUAGGAGCAGAAAGUAAAAGAAAAAAAUUAUAACAUCAUAAAAACGUGCUUUAAAAAUGCUGUUCCCAUAACCCAGGAGGAAAAACGCCCGACGCUCGUUUCGGUAAAAUGCAAUAUGAGUUCCUUUACACUGAGAGCCAAAUCUGAAAAAGCUCAUUUUAUACACAUUUGUACUCUAUGUAGAUAAGCGACUUUGAUUUGUUAUAUCGCUGUAACAUAGGAGCAUACCUUAUUAGGUGAUUGUUAUUAUUUAUUUUACUUUAUUAUUUUUUCACCGGAUCUCACUUUCACUGUAUAUAUACAUAGCUGCAGAUAUCUUUAUACUAUAUAGAUACCAUAACAACAACUACUUUAAUUUCCAGGUGAUAGUGAAUUCUCAACACCUUUUGUGCUGGGAUUCUAUGUAUCUAUUUGUUUGUUCUUUUUUGUUCUAUUGAAAAAACAUGCUAGGUUUUGCAACUUGACAUAGAAACAUAGAAUGUGACGGCAGAUAAGAACCAUUCGGCCCAUCUAGUCUGCCCAAUUUUCUAAAUACUUUCAUUAGUCCCUAGUCUUAUCUUAUAGUUAGGAUAGCCUUAUGCCUAUCCCACGCAUGCUUAAACUCCUUUACUGUGUUAACCUCUACCACUUCAGCUGGAAGGCUAUUCCAUGCAUCCACUACCCUCUCAGUAAAGUAAUACUUCCUGAUAUUAUUUUUAAACCUUUGUCCCUCUAAUUUAAGACUAUGUCCUCUUGUUGUGGUAGUUUUUUCUUCUUUUAAAUAUAGUCUCCUCCUUUACUGUGUUGAUUCCCUUUAUAUAUUUAAAUGUUUCUAUCAUAUCCCCCCUGUCUCGUCUUUCCUCCAAGCUAUACAUGUUAAGAUCCUUUAACCUUUCCUGGUAAGUUUUAUCCCGCAAUCCAUGAACCAGUUUAGUAGCCCUUCUCUGAACCCUCUCUAAGGUAUCAAUAUCCUUCUGAAGAUACGGUCUCCAGUACUGUGUACAAUACUCCAAGUGAGGUCUCACCAGUGUUCUGUACAAUGGCAUGAGCACUUCCCUCUUUCUACUGCUAAUACCUCUCCCUAUACAACCAAGCAUUCUGCUAGCAUUUCCUGCUGCUCUAUUACAUUGUCUGCCUACCUUUAAGUCAUCAGAAAUAAUCACCCCUAAAUCCCUUUCCUCAUAUGUUGAGGUUAGGACUCUAUCAAAUAUUCUGUACUCUGCCCUUGGGUUUUUACGUCCAAGAUGCAUUAUCUUGCACUUAUCCACAUUAAAUGUCAGUUGCCACAAUUCUGACCAUUUUUCUAGUUUACCUAAAUCAUUUGUCAUUUGGCUUAUCCCUCCUGGAACAUCAACCCUGUUACAUAUCUUAGUAUCAUCAGCAAAAAGACAUACCUUACCAUCAAGACCUUCUGCAAUAUCACUAAUAAAAAUAUUAAAGAGAAUGGGUCCAAGUACAGAUCCCUGAGGUACCCCACUGGUGACAAGUCCAAGCUUCGAAUAUAUUCCAUUAACUACAACCCUCUGUUGCCUGUCACUCAGCCACUGCCUUACCCAUUCAACAAUAUUGGAAUCCAAACUUAAAGAUUGCAGUUUAUUGAUAAGCCUUCUAUGUGCAACAGUGUCAAAAGCCUUACUGAAAUCUAGGUAAGCAAUGUCUACUGCACCACCCUGAUCUAUAAUUUUAGUUACCCAAUCAAAAAAAUCAAUAAGAUUAGUUUGGCAUGAUCUCCCUGAAGUAAACCCAUGUUGUCUCUGAUCUUGAAAUCCAUGUGUUUUAGAUGUUCAUCAAUCCUAUCCUUUAACAUGGUUUCCAUCACUUUCCCCACUACUGAAGUAAGGCUUACUGGCCUAUAGUUGCCCGACUCCUCCCUAUUACCUUUCUUGUAAAUGGGCACAACAUUCGCUAACUUCCAAUCUUCUGGGACUACUCCUGUUAACAAUGAUUGGUUAAAUAAAUCUGUUAAUGGUUUUGCUAGUACACCACUAAGCUCUUUUAAUAGCUUUGGGUGUAUUCCAUCAGGUCCCAUUGACUUAUUUGUCUUUACUUUUGACAGUUGAAAUAGAACCUCUUCCUCUGUAAACUCACGUGUAAUAAAUGACUAAUUUAUCCUUUUUCUCAACUGAGGUCCCUUUCCUUCAUUUUCUUCUGUAAAUACAGAACAAAAUAUUCAUUGAGGCAGUCAGCCUGACCUUUAUCCUCUUCUACAUACCUUCCUUCUUUUGUUUUUAAUCUAACUAAUCCUUGUUUUACUUUUCUUUUCUCAUUUAUGUAUCUAAAAAAUGUUUUGUCCCCCUUUUUUACUGACUGUGCUAUUUUCUCUUCUGUGUGUGAUUUGGAAGCUCUUAUAACUUGCUUAGCCUCUUUCUGCUUAAUCUUAUAGAUCAUUUUGUCUUCCUCACUCUGGUUUUUUUUAUAAUUCCUAAAUGCUAACUUUUUGUUUUUAACUAUUUUGGCCACAUCUGCGGAGUACCACAGUGGUUUCUUGAAUUUUUUGCUUUUACUGACAAGCCUAAUGCAAUUUUCUGUUGCCUUCAAUAGUGCAACUUUUAAAUAAUCCCAUUUUUCUUGGACUCCAUUUAAAUUGCUCCAGUCUGAUAAUGACUCCUCUACCCAUAUUCUAAUUUUAGAAAAGUCUGUUUUUCUAAAGUCUAAAACUUUUGUUUUUGUGUGGUGUGACUCAGUCACUGUUCUUAUAUUAAACCACACUGACUGACUGAUCACUGGAUCCUAAACUUUCACCUACAGUAACAUCUGAUACCAAAUCUCCAUUUGUUAACACUAAAUCUAGUAUGGCCUCUUUACGAGUUGGCUCCUCAACAACUUGUUUUAGAGACAAUCCCAGUAGGGAGUUUAGAAUAUGUGUGCUCCUGGCACAAGUAGCUAAUUUUGUUUUCCAAUUUACAUCAGGAAGAUUAAAGUCACCCAUGAUGAUAACUUCCCCCUUCAUUGUCAUUUUAGCUAUUUCCUCAACUAGUAGAUUAUCUAACUCUUCAAUUUGUCCUGGGGGCCUAUAAAUCACACCUACACGAGUUACUGUGUGAUUACCAAAUUCUAACGUAGCCCAAAUGGACUCUAUGUUUGCCUCACUAACUUUUAUUAGGCUAGAUUUUAUGCUAUCCUUCACAUACAAGGCCACCCCUCCCCCUUUCUUGCCUUCCCUAUCUUUCCUAUAUAAAGACAUUUGUUGUAUAUUUAAAAACCCUUGACUUUUUAUAUGUAAAUGUAUUUAGUGUUUCUGUUUUUAUAUAAACUAAAGCUGGUAAAUUACUCGGUGUUACCCCACUAGGUGGAGAGUUAGAUCAGUAUAGCUUUGUAUAUAAAGGGGAUUUUUUUUCCCUUCCUUUUUUCUUGUAUAGUGGUGAAGUGACCGUGUGAAUGUAUGUAUUUUAUUUAUUUAUUUAUUUAUUUAUUUGUACUUUCCAAAGAUUUGCAGUUUCAAGGCUGUGAAUGAAAAUUCCCCUAAGAAAAUGGUAAAUUCCUGUAGAGACACAAGUAAAACAUUGUUGAAGAAUGCAGAAAUUGUGAUGAAUGUUUGUUCCAAUAAUAAGAAAUUAGGAAUUUAGUCAUGUGCAAAUAAUAAUCGGAAUAUUUUAGAACCAAUCCCCCCAAAAAAAAAUUACUAAUUUAAUUUAUAAUAUAAGUGGCACUCUCACUGUUUGGGGACUACAUUGUGCACCCAGAGGGGUAGGUAAAGGUGAGAUUUACUUACCAGAACUUGUCACUCACUGGACCGCCAUCUUACUCAGUCUACUUUUCUUUAGCUCCUGGCACUUCAGUGGCAGGAGCCAAAGUCACUGCUGUACUGUUACAUGUGCAGGAGUACAGCGUUGUCGUCUAAGGAGAUUCCUGCAUGAUUAAAGAUCCUCCUUAGACAGAGCCAGUUUCCUGCAGCCGUCACUGUGACUGCUGUCGGUAUUAACACUUAGACAAGUCCGCCCUUAGUCCAAGUCAGACGGAGGAGAAAUAGAGAUAGAGUAGUACAAAUGGUUUUUCGGAGGAGGACAUAUAGUACCGCUUUAAGCAUAGUUCCUAUAAAAUUUAAACCCUGUGAAAGUGACCGGUAUACUCUAAAUUGUAUAUUAAAGCCUUCUGAUGAACCCUCAAUUAACACAAUAUUUGUGUCUGUAUAUAUGCUUGAUAACUUAUUAAGACUAAACUUAACCCUUCGUGUGUGAUGAAACUCAUCUUUUUACUCUUUAUCUUUUUGUAUUAUAUAAAGACUAAGAUGAAGUGCUUUUUCCCAGCAUUAACACCAGCUGGUCAAGGGAGAUUUUAUUAUCUCUGCACACCCACAUGGGACAAAAGAUUAUUAUUAUAGGCACUAGGUCACAUAUCUGGUUUGCAAAGUUGAUCGUGGGGUCUUAAAGUUUGUUAAAAGGACACUCCAGAACGUUUAAAGCACCUCAGCUUGCUAUGUGUGAAGUGUGUCCUCCUUCUUCUUUUUUAUUUAUUAUUUUUUUUACACAACUUGCAGAUUUCAGUAGAAAUUGGCACUUUUAUAGAUUAAAGAAAAACUAUACUUGUGCACUUUCCAAAAUCCCUAUCUACAUUUGAAUAACUGAAAGUUUUUUUUUUUGUUUUUGUUUUUUUUUAGUAUCACUCCAAUGGCCAUUAAAGUGUAAUCUCACUUGCCAUGUCAACGCAAAUACAGAGUGUUUGUUUUUCUAAACCUCUGCAAACUUAUUAACCCUUAAUAGUGAACACAUGGAGUGGGCAACAGUACUUUAACAUGGUGGUGCAACGCAAAAGCAAAUAUAUUUACUUUUAUAAAUUAACCUUUUAACACCCUCUGGUAAACGGACACCAAAGUUCCAGCGUACCUACCUUGCCAAUAUUUCUCAAUGAGCUGCAUUGUGAAGUUUUGUGAGUCAAAUAAAUUCUGGGGUGAAUUAGAAUGGGUGGGCUUGCAAAGGCUUCAGAUAAGAUUUUCAGCUUUUGCAAGCUAUGUUUACAUAUACAUCCAAUGAAAACAUGUUUUUUUAUUUUUAUUUAUUGGGGUUAUGCAGUUGAGUGUCACUUUAAACCCUGACCUACUGGCAGAGAAGAAACUGCUCACUGCACACAUUUAUUAGAAACUUACAUGAAAUUGCCUAUGUAAAGUGCUGGGAAUAGUAUUGAAUCCAUGUGUGUAAUAAAUGCAAAAGAAUAAUAAGCGCUCUCUUCUCAGGGGUGAGCUGCAGUUCACCAACAAGGUGUUCCUCUACCUUGUGAUAAAUGGACAGAUAAAAUAGAAAGGUGAACAGCGCUAAAAAUCAGAAAAUGUACAUACGUUUUGUAGAAAUACUGGCCAGCAGAGUAACUUAAAAAAAGAGAGAAACAAAAAUACAAAUAAUGGUACAGUAUGUAUGAAUGAUAUAAUUCCACAAGAACAAAGGUGUUAUAUUCACACUCACACUUUGAGGAGCUAUAUCAGCUCGGUGUUAAGAGCCUGGACGGAAUAAUCCCCGUCUAUGGAUUUCUUGAGGUUCAAGACCGUUGGUGAAUUUAUAGGUGUAAAUAUUUGUUACAUGAAAAACAAGAGUAAAAUACACCACAUGGUAUAGUACGUAAAUAUAAAAUAUUGUGAAAAAAAGUGGAUGAUCCUACUUACAUAUACUAGAGCAACGACCUGCUCUAGUUUGGAGAAUUUCAGGUGGAAUAAUCCCCACCUUGGGAUAUAGUGGACCCAGGUAUAGCAGCAAAGCAGUAUUGGAUAGGAAGGAGGACAAAAGGAAUGACUGGAUAGUUUGAAAAAUAUAUAUACUUUAAUACAAUAAGUGAAAAGUGAAUAAUAAACUAUAAAACCAGUCCUGUAUAAAAGUCCAAAAUUCCUCCUCACUUGACGCGUUUCGCCGAAGCUUUCUCAAAAGUGAAUCACUUUUCACUUAUUGUAUUAAAGUAUAUAUAUUUUUCAAACUAUCCAGUCAUUCCUUUUGUCCUCCUUCCUAUCCAAUACUGCUUUGCUGCUAUACCUGGGUCCACUAUAUCCCAAGGUGGGGAUUAUUCCACCUGAAAUUCUCCAAACUAGAGCAGGUCGUUGCUCUAGUAUAUGUAAGUAGGAUCAUCCACUUUUUUUUUCCACAAUAUUUUAUAUUUAUGUACUAUACCAUGUGGUGUAUUUUACUCUUGUUUUUCAUGUAACGAAUAUUUACACCUAUAAAUUCACCAACGGUCUUGAACCUCAAGAAAUCCAUAGACGGGGAUUAUUCCGUCCAGGCUCUUAACACCGAGCUGAUAUAGCUCCUCAAAGUGUGAGUGUGAAUAUAACACCUUUGUUCUUGUGGAAUUAUAUCGUUCAUACAUACUGUACCAUUAUUUGUAUUUUUGUUUCUCUCUUUUUUUAAGUUACUCUGCUGGCCAGUAUUUCUACAAAACGUAUGUACAUGUGUGUAAUAGUCUUGUGCCAAACCCUUUGGAGUAGGACACCGUUUAAAACAAACGGUUUGAGUUGUGCAAGUUAUGGUUUUAACUGUAAUGGUACUCCUAAAUAGGGACUACUUUGUAUAUGACCUUAUCUGUGGCAAAAUAGUGCAAUGGUCAAAACUUUUGCUGCUACAUCUAACUAUUUCCCAUCACCUUUCUGUUGCGAUAGCUAGUGGGACAGAUAUCAAUGCGCAAUGUAAGACUGUCUAUGGAAGAGGCCACCUUUUUGCAGGACUAAUUUGGAGUGGUCAUGGUACUUGGAGUCUGUAGGGCAGUGCUUCGCUAUUAAACACUGCGCGUACAGAGUUUAACCUAACUCCAUAACCGGCUGCGUCAUUGAGGUGUCAUUAGCCAGCCCGAACAAUAGGUUUGGGUGGCUUAUGUAAACUUUGUGCAAAUCUAGUGUUGCCAGACAGCCAAUCAUGGCAUGAACCCACCACUCUCCCCCUGGCUGUCAGUACCUCCUAACAGAUUACCCUCCCUGACAUUUGUUCCUCUUCAGCGGGACGAGUAGGAAGUGACUAUUUCAGAGGAGAAUUGAGUAUCCGUGAGAACUUUGCCUCAGAACUGACACAAAAGUAAGUUUCAGCAAUUUUAUUUCUUUAUUUUUGUUUGGGGUAGAGGAACGUCACUUUGACCAAAAACAGUGUUUUUUAUUAAAGCUGUUUUUUUUGGUUGGUAACCUUUUAAACAAUUUAAUGCAAAUUCUUUUAGAAAUUGUUUUCACAAUGCCUUGUCACAAAUAAAUGGUAAUGUAUGGCAUUUCUACCUUCAAGAAUCAGAUGAUUUUGCCUAUGCAUGACAGUUGGACAGGUCAUUUAAAGUGGACAUCUUCUGCUGUAUAAGUAGGAGGUGGGGGAAAUUCCUCCCUGACAAAGGGGUAUUGACCAUUGUUCAGAUAAACAUUCCCUGGAUCUUAUUUUAACUAUAUGAAGUAAUAUGGGGGUUCCCACAAAGAUUCCCUUUGUGUUAGUUUUUUAUAUUUUGUGUAAAUCCUGUAUCUUUUUUGCUUUGUUAAAUGUUCUGUCUAUUAUGGCACUGGUGAGCUCACAAUUUGCUCUGAAAGUAAUCUAAGUACAAUAACCACUUACUACUAAAUGGUGUUGGUAGACCAUGGGGGUUAUCUCCCAGUUCUUUGUCAAGAUGCUUGACCAAAACAUGUGGUCCCCAGUGUUCCUGUGGCCUGGCUUUCACGUGUUGGAAUUGCUAAUGCAAAAGUCCCACUUAUGCAUUGGUCAUAUCCAUUUCAUCCAUAUUUUGGAUUACGUUGAUUAGCAGAUUCUUUUAUGGGAUUGAGAUGGACUAUAUUGCCACCAUUUUAACACUGUACCUCCAGAGCUGUCAGUUGGGCAGAAGAGUUCUGGAUUGUGUGUGUUAAUUAGGUUUGUCAAAGAUGUGCAUGUGGUGUGUUCACACUGCAUGCACAAAUUGGACUACACAAUCUUUUCUUGCAGAAGGGCUGCCAAGCCAUGGACCACAGCUCUUGCUGGUAGCUGCUGAUAGCCCAGUUUAAAGGACCACUUUAGUGCCAGGAAAACAUACUUGUUUUCCUGGCACUGUAGGGUCUUUAGGUCCCUCCCACCCUUAGGGUCCCCCUCCCUCCGAGCUCUAGGGUGAGGAAGGGGUUAAACACUCACCUUUUCUCCACCGCCGGGCUCCCUCAGCGGUGAGAACUCUCUGCCUGCUUUCCAGUCAUCGACUGAAUGUGCAUUUCACUUAAACUUACCUCUUUCUCCAGCGCCAGGUGGGGGACUCUCCUCCUCCUCGGCUGCAUCUGCUGCAGGAGCCGUGCGCACAUUCAGCCAGUCCAUAGGAAUGCAACUAGGUUAAUCCUAGAGGGACCUGGCACCCAGACCACUUCAUUAAGCUGAAGUGGUCUGGGUGCCUAUAGUGGUCCUUUAAUAAGCCUGAUUGUUUCUCUUCUUGGCUUGAGAGGAUUCUUCCUUGUAAGUCCAGAAAAUAAAUGUAUUGAAUGUAUAACAUAAUAGAAAAAUAUGAAGGGAAGAGUUGUACCUUGCAUUUAAGUUGGAAAAAUAACAAAAAUGUCUUACUGUCGGAGAAAUAGAAUAUUUUCAAAUAUAACUUUAAACAUUGUGAUGGGGGUGGGGUAUUUUGUUGCUUGAAAAUAAAAAUUGCUUAAUAGCCUGAUGCAGAACACAUUUCCAAGUAAAAUAAGUCAUCUUUGUAACAGCUGAAAGGAAAUCUUUAUCAUGCUUCAGGAUGUGGUUAAUGUUAUGUUUAAUGUAACUAAAAGCUUCAGUGAUGGGUAUGUAUGUGUUAAGAUGAUUAUUUUUAUUCACUACAGCAGUAUGUUUACUAUCUGUUUGCAUUUUUCUUGUGCGUUUGUUUAAAUUCUUUGCUGAUUACACAAAAGUUUAGUUUUGUGUUGGCUAUUAACAAGUUUAAUAAUAAUUACGAAUCUUUAGCAAUCUCAACCUAGCUUCCAGUGAAGUCUUGCUAUGGGCAUUCAGUCAUCACAUUUUCACUUCUUGGUUUGUUUAUUUCAGUUUGAGAUAUAUGGAAAUUUCUUUAUAUCUUAUUUAGUGUUCCUUUUAACCUUGGAGGGACACCAGAGGCUCACAGAUUAUAUUAUCCCAUUGAUGUGGUCUGGCUGCUGUGUCCCUGUUCCUUUAGCUCUGCUAUGCAAAACAUUGAGAGUUUUUUAGAGAAACUGCAGUUUUUUCAAUUGCAGAAUUAAAACUGCCAUGGUAGACUGCUACUAGAGGAGCUUCUGAAAACUCUUGUUUCACAGAGUUUAACUCCGUAAAAUGAUGCUGGACACACUCAAGCUUUGUAUGAGGAUGUCCAGCACCUUGCAAAGCCCCAUAGGAAAGCAUCAAGUCGAUGCUUUCCUAGGGUGAAGUACUAAUGUGUAGCGCAAGCAUUAGCCUCCCCCCAUUGUUUGAUUUUGGAGGAGGAAAACCUGACCCAGUUCUUGGACUUUUGUGCUGGAAUCAGGUAAGUGUAUAAAGGGUUGUUUAAUCCUUUCGAGAGGGGUGGAGGAAAAGCGACAUUGUAUUGUUUAGACAAUAGUGUUACUUUACCAAACACUUAUUAAAUGCAAGUAAGUGAAUGGAAUUAAAGGACCACUAAAGUCAUCCAGUGUACAUCAUCUCAAUGAAGUGGUCUUGGUGCAGUGAUCCUAUAGUUUUAACCCAUCAAGGUAAAACAUUGCCAUUUUGCAGAAACCUCAUUAUUUCUAUUAAAGUGUUAAACACGCCUUUAAGUAGCAGUUCGUAUUAUGUCAAAUAUCCUAAAAUGUGGCUCUUAGAAAUACAUUGGAUUUAGUGCUUUUCUAUUAGAAGCAUUUGAUUGGAUGCGCACACUCCUCUUUGAGUAUUAUUGGAUUGGACCAGCGGCGAGGAAGCAAUGCCUACUCGAUGAAGUUGUUGAAGGUGGAUCGCACAGCAGAGCCAAGGGAGUCUCGAUGCUGAAGAAUAGUAAGUAAAAAAAACCUUUUUACACAGCAAAAGGGGAGGCCCUGAUCACAUUUGGAACACAGGUUUGUAUUCCUAACACUAGAGUUCCUUUAAGUGAAAAACAAUUAAUGUAACAAUUUUGACAUUACAUAUUUAUAAAUUAUCUUGAAAUAGGUGUUGCCAGUCAUGUUUCAGUGUUUGUAUUACUUUACAGAGUUUCGUGUCAUCUGCAAUGUGAGCAGCAUAUUGCUUUGCUGCAGAGGCAUUAUGGUAGAUUGGGGGACUGGAUAAUCAAAUGGCAGAUGAAAUUUAAUGUAGAGAAAUGCAAAGUUACGCACUUUGGGGUCAAGGAUGCACAAGCAACGUACACCCUAAAUGGUAGAAGAUUAAGGUUAACAGCACAAGAUAAGUAUUUGGGAAUUGUUAUAGAUAACAAACUAGGCAACAAUGUGUAAUCUCCAUCGGCCAUGUAUUAAUAAGGGCAUGAAUUAUCGGGAUCAAAAUAUAUUUUGCCCGUUUUAUAAGCCAAUGGUAAGCUCACACCUUGAAUAUGCUGUGCAAUUUUGGGAACCUUUCUAAAGAAGGAUAUUUUGUCACCAGAAAAAGUGCAGAGGCUGGCUACAAAAUUAAUAAAAGGAAUGGAGCAUUUUAGUUUUUUAAAAAGGCUAACAAAUUUAAAUUUCUUUAGUUUAGAAAAACUGGGCCUCAGAGGAGAUAUGAUAGCAUUAUACAAAUAUAUUCAGGGUCAAUACAAACUAUUGUCUGGAAAUCUAUUCAUAAACAGGGCUACACAUAGGACACACGGUCACGCAUUUAGAAUGCAAGAAAGGAGAUUUAGUCUAAUGCAAAGGAAAGUGUGUUUUUUUUUUUUACAGUAAGAAGUAUACGGAUGUUUAAAGAGUUGGUUUUAUCAGUUUGCACAGAUGUUUAAACAGCAAUUGGAUAAAUACUUACAAAAACAUAAUAUUCAGGGAAAUUUAAUUUUAAUUAGUUGAGUAAUAGCUUAUUAAUCAAAUUAGAUAUCUGACUGCCCUUCGAGGGUCAAGAAGGAAUUAUUUCCAUAAUUUGUUGCAAAGUUGAAAGUGCUUCAAACAGGGCUUUUUUCCUCCUUUUAGAUCAACAGCAAAAACAGAUGGGGGAAGCUGAACUUGAUGGACACAUGUCUCUUUUCAGCUAUGUAACAAUGUACUAUUUGUGAACAACUGUCCUGUUUUACAUUGACAACACAACAUUUCAUUAAAUGUAGUAAAAAAUAUUUUUUUUUUUUUUUUUUUUUUUUUUUUAUAUAAGUGGAAAAUUUAGUGACUUUGUUUCUAACAUCCUGAACUUUAUGGAGCCUGGUUUGCUUUGAAAUCAACUAUUCCCAAUAAAAAGCUCUUUAAUGGCACAGUACUCUGUACACCAUUCUCCGACAGCUUGUUUGAGAGGAGGAGAGAGGCUGUCCAUUCCCUGGCUUACUUCCAAGGAAAAAAAGAACAAACUUGGCAGUAAUGGCAGAGUUUUUAUUUUAAACUAGGACAAGUCAUACAAAAAUAGAAUCAUUGAUUAUGGCUAACAGUUUAAAACACUGGAAAUAUCUGGCUUGCUAAAAAUAUUAGAGAUAUAGGAAAGUCUGGAGCAACUAAUGUUCACUUGUUAUUCCUGUAUUGAUUCUAGUGUUGGUAUCAAUAUCAUGAUGCAGUACAUAAUUGUAUAUUGUAACGCAUAUUUCUGAUUGUAUAUAGUAUGUUUUUAAUGCACAUACCCCAAAGUCAUCCUGACUCAACAUAGCUCAUGAUCUUUGAACAGCUUGGUUUAAAGGACCACUAUAGGCACCCAGACCACUUCAGCUUAAUGAAGUGGUCUGGGUGCCAGGUCCAGCUAGGUUUAACCCUUUUUUCAAUAAACAUAGCAGUUUUAGAGAAACUGCUAUGUUUAUAAUAGGGUUAAUCCAGUCUCUAGUGGCUGUCUCAUUGACAGCUGCUAGAGGGCUUCCGCGCUUCUCACUGUGAUUUUCACAGUGAGAAGACGCCAGCGUCCACAGGAAAGCAUUGUGACUGCUUUCCUAUGGACUGGCUGAAUGCGUGUGCAGCUCCUGCCGCGCAUGCGUAUUCAGCCGAGGAGGAGGAGAGUCCCCCUCUCGGCGCUGGAGAAAGAGGUAAGUUUUAACCCCCAGAGCACGGCGGGAGGGGGUCCCUGAGGGUGGGGGCACUAUAGUGGUCCUUUAAUGAUAUCAUGUAACGGUUGUCCUCCUCAGUAAGCAAAAGUGCAGCGCGUUCUCAUUUCAGAACACUACAUAUUGCUGCACUUUGAGUUGGUGAUUAUGAUGAAUAAUCAAGUAUCGGGAUGUUAUCCCUAGUCUUCAAGGUAUAAGCAGGGCUCAAUAUUUGCCAGUGGCGAGUGAAAAUGUAGCCCUGGGAUGUAGAGAUGCACCCCUGGCUGAUAGCAGAGGUAGUACUAGAAGGUGCAAGCUGCAUUAUAAGUAUUUUUAGCCUGCUCUCAGCCAAACAAGUGCUUAGAUAUAGCCAAAUUACGUUCAAUUGACAAAAUCUGUUAGUUUUAUCCAACAAAUUGCAGUAUAAUUAUUUUUUUGACUAUUCACAAAGUAGAUUUAGUAAUAUGAAAUGCAUUUGCCAUGGGGAUACCAUUUGACAAGCUGUUUAAAAUCCGCCAAACCUCCGGAUUGCAACCACAUGUUUAUUUUGUUUAAAGGGACACUGUAGUCACCAGAACAACUACAGCUUUAUGUAGUUGUUCUGGUGAGUAUAGUCAGUCCCUGCAGGGGGGCGGGACCUGACCACCGAACUAGCGGGACGCAGGCUGAAAGAGCUCAUCAGCCUGACUUUACUAUUAAGCUUAAAAGUUUCUCUUCCAUUUUGCAAAUCCUGCCUUUGUACAGAAGGGAGAGCUAAUCCUGCUGUUGGUGGGCUGCUUUUGGAUGCCUAUGAUGAUCUUAGACAGAGGUCUAAUACACGACCUGCUACUUUCCCCAACCCCAUCUGGGAUUUGUACCAACUGUGCCGAAUGCUUGAUUUCCCCUCCCCUCUAGACCGCUGGGGUUAUCAAAGUCCCAACUGGAUUUAACAAGCCUGCUUUACCAUGGAAGACCGAUGGCAGCCCUACACCAUGAGCCAGAGGUUGGUUACCCAAAAAGGCAGCAUAAAUGGAAGCAUGAGCCACGCAGCCCGAUUCAGACAUAGACUGACUGCCCCCCCUGCACAUAUUCCAUAACCCUCAUCUUGGGUCCUGAGCUGUGACUCAUCUACUCAUCUUCCCAGAGAUCACAUGCUUGAUUUACAUUUGUUUGGCUUGUUUAGUUUUAUUUUAAUCUAAUAUUGUCCCUGGUCAACCCAACAGUCUGGCAACACCAAGAUGCCGGUCUCUUAUUCUACCACCCAUUGGACAUUAUUCUCAUGUGUUUGAGGAUGCAGCAAUGUGCCUUGUCUGUCUGGUUUUUCUUUUGAGUUUUCACAUCUCUGCUCUAAACUAAACUAAAAAUUGUGCAGUUUCUCUGAAUGCCAUAUUAACAUCUCAUAAUGUUUAUUCCGAUCCUUGUACCUGCUGUUGUGGCAUAUUGUUACCAUUUGCACAGCUAAUAUAAGGAAUGUAAAAAAUAAAAUAGUCUUUGCAGGCUUUUUAAUAUUCAUUUUUUUUUUUUUUUAUUUUUUUUUUUUAUAAUUUUUUAUUUUUGCAGUGCAUAUAGAGAUAACAAACAGGCAUGGGGUACCCCAAAGGCAAUCCACAUGCACAUUUCCAGACAAUAGUUACACAGUAGUAAGAGCAUUGGGGUAUGUUGAACAGUGCACUAAUUUUAUAUUUGGGUAUAUGCUUGAGUCGUGCUAAAUAAACUUUUUGUACACAAGGUUCCGUUAGCGCUAAUUUUACUAGGUUGGCAUUAGUAACUCAGUUGUUAUACCAUGUGUAGAGUAUGGAGCCUAUACAGCGAUCAUUCAUUUUGUUAUAUUCGGUGUUCACAGUUAUACUAAGCUUAAUAGCACUCGACAAUCACAUUAUCCUAAUCACUAUAACAGUUAACAUUUAACCGCUUAAAUAGCUGUAACCAUGCUUACUUUAAUUUAACCCAUUCUUAUUGUGCUGGGCAUUUGAAUAUCAGGCACAAUUGCAUUAGAACAUAAACUUGUUUAACAUAAUCAGGGUUAACCGUGUAGCUUCGUCUGUAAGUAUGUAUUUAUGCUGUGAAUAUGCUUGGUCAGAGCGUGGGUUAAGUUGGAAGCUUGCGGUUACACAUUGCUAGGCAGGUAGAUUAUGCAUGUUGUGUGGGUAAUAUGCUAGGCUAGUGUGAUGUUAUCAGGCAUAGAAGUGUAGGAUCUAUGUGUAACAAGCUGGUGCAGCGACAGCGUGUAUAAGACUGAUAUAGCUAUAGAAGCUAGGAUUUUCGUUGUUAGCUAAGGUGUGAGUAAGCCUGUGUGUACAAUGGGCUAUUUACAGUUAACAGUGUCCAUGAGGGGUUGUCAGGUCGCAGACCGUUGGCAGGCUUCAGGAGGUAGGCUGAUGGGUGUGUUGUGUGCCUUCCUCAGCCUAUGCCCCGUGCUUGCCGCAAUGGAGAGUCCGUUUCCAGGUUUGGUUUGCUCGUGCUUCUAGUCGGUAUGCGGGAACGUGGGUUGCCCUGUUCGCGUUGCGAGCUCUGUGUGCUGCACGAUGGGUCUCUGUCUCUUCGGCUCUGGGCUUUGUAGGGGGCUAGUGCCCUCUGUCCGUGGAUCCCCCUCCGUCGGGAGGCCGGAUCAUGGGUCCCCGGGGUUUCCGGCUUGCGGUCUUCCCUGUGGGUGGUCGGACUACGGCCUGGAGUUUCCUCCAGUUGGGCCCCCGGCCCAGAAGAGGGACAGGUGUCCGCUGCUGUGUGGUAGGUAGGUUCUGUUUCGGGAGGGCACGGCUGGGGUCCCCGCUUGGCUAAGCGGUCCCAGAAGGCCUGGCAAAUAGCCUCAAACCGGGCGUCAAAGGCCUCUCUCCAGCUUUGGUCCGUCUGGCUUACUGGGCUGUGUUGGGGUUGCGCUGUGGCGGCCAUCUUGAGGGUGCCUCGUGGCUACUGCCCAGGUGUCUGGCUCAGGCCCCUUGGCAGUAGCUAGUAGUCUGUGCUUCAGUCGCUUAGUGUGGACCGGGAUGUCCCCCACCGGUCCGGGGGGGGGAAAAGGAGUUAGGAGGUAUGCUGAGCCUGUGGUCUGGCUCUCUAGCGAGGAAAGUGGCCGCCUCUCCUCGGUUCGAUCCCCAGUAGGCCUCAGCAGGUUUUUAGGGUUCCCGGCACUUGUUAGACGAGAAUCGGGUGUCAAUCGGUUCCUCCGGGUGUCCCCUUCUUGUUUAGCAUCCUCCUGAUAGUAGACGUGCCGGUUUUUAGGGGUUUUUACCCUUAAAUGUGCAGUUUUGGUCAGGAGCUUGGUUCCUGCAUGUCUGAUCAGCCUGGAAGCUAGGCUCCGCCGGCUUUUUAAUAUUCUUAUUUCAUUUUGUGAUAUAUAUAUAUCCACCAACUAAAUACAGUGGCUCCUAUGGGGUUAAAUGAAAGUAACACAUAUCAUUCUUUUAUAUGAAGGUUGACAGCUAGUUAAGUUUUAAUUUUUACAUUCAUGCCUAUUAUGUUUUUGUUUAGUAUUUUGUGAUUUUAAUGUAUGGAAAGUGAUUAUAAUUGUUGUUAUAUAUAAUUAUGUUAUGUACAUAUAGAUGGCAAAGCAUACCAUGAUCUGUUAAGCACUUUAUACAGUAGCACUUUUACAUUGCACUUUAUUUGCACCAUUAGCACUUUUUUGACACUAUUAACACUUUAGACUAUUGUAUUUGCACUGGAUCACUUUCUGGCGUAGUGUUGCUUUAUAUACCCAGGAUGGGUUAAUUUAUAAGUUAUUUAGGCAUUGAGUGAGUCACAUUCAUGUCUCUAUAAUGUUUAAUGAUAUAUAUAGCUAUCUAAUAGCUUACUAUACACUCUAAUCACUUUCUUACACCUAACACUCUUUGUACUUUUAGAUCCCCAGAUUUAUAUUAAUUGUGUUAUUUAUCAUUCAGUCCGUCGCACUGGUUUGUAUGAACACAAGGAUUUGUUUACAUGGUUGCUGCGGCAACGGUAGUAUCCGAUACGUAGGCACGCAACGUGAGGGGGCGUGACGCAUUAACAUGCGCGCGCAUACCCGGAAGAGUACAGGGUGUCGGCGGGAACACGGGGGAACACACCUGAGUGAGUACUUUCAUUAUAGAUUUAGGUAUUUAUUGUCCAUGAUUGCACUUUACUGUAUUGUUCUGUUGUUCUAUUUUUUGACCCUGAGGAAGGUCCCGAGCGGGGACCGAAACGUUGGUCGUGGUUUUUAAAUAUGUUUAAAUAAAUUUUUUGUUUUAAAUCCGGAGAGCAGCCUUUCUACUUGUUGUCUUCUAUAUAUAUAUAUAUAUAUAUAUAUAUAUAUAUAUAUAUAUAUAUAUAUAUAUAUAUAUAUAUAUAUAUAUCUAUCAGAUUCAUAUUUCUUCCUUUAAUGGUAUAGAAUAUAUAUGAGUGCACUUAAACAGGGUGUCAUUACGGUAGAAAUGAGCUCUUGACAAAAGUGCCAAGAAGGUCAUUGAUUCAAUGCAUUCCUAUAAGAAAGCUUAAAUCCACACACAGCCCUCACUGUGCAUGCGCAUUAGGUGCCAUCACCGUGACGUUGCAGGAGGAGAGCCAGCGCCAAGGGAGCCUCGGCAUUGGGUGGUGGUGGUGGGGGACCUAUAAAAUUAGGGAUUGGGACAAUAUAGUUUUGCAUUAGAAAUGCAUGAAUAUGUGAUGGUUUUUAAAGGAGAUGGAACAAAGAAUUUUGCUAGUAUUAAGGAUAAUACGAAAGGCUAGAUAUAUAAUAUAUACUUUUUUCUUUUUACAGGUUUAACUCACAUGAGAUUACUCCACCUUUUGCCGUACUGAAAAACUUGGAUUUUUUUUUUUUUUUUUGUGGAACACAAUACAGUAUAGAAGAGAGAUAAAACAGAAGAAGUAUAAAAUCCUCCUCCAUCAUGUCGAACCCUCUCAAACAAGUGUUCAACAAGGACAGAACCUUCCGCCCAAAGCGGAAGUUUGAGCCAGGGACACAGAGGUUUGAAUUACACAAGAAGGCUCAGGCCUCCCUCAAUGCUGGGCUGGACUUGAAGGUGGCUGUCCAGCUGCCACAUGGAGAGGACCUUAAUGAUUGGGUGGCAGUCAAUGUUGUUGAUUUCUUUAACCGCAUUAACCUGAUAUAUGGUACCAUCAGUGAUAGCUGCACUGAGCAAACUUGUCCUGUCAUGUCAGGUGGCCCAAAAUACGAGUAUAGGUGGCAAGAUGAUAACCGGUAUCGAAAGCCCACUGCACUUUCUGCUCCGAAAUAUAUGAAUCUAUUGAUGGACUGGAUAGAAGUUCAGAUAAACAAUGAAGGGAUAUUCCCUACCAAUGUUGGUGAGUUUUGCUUUUUGAAUGCUAAAUAUACAGACUCUAUAUACAACAGCUCAAUAAACUAAGCACAUUCAUAUCACUGGGACCUAUUGGCAGACCGGCUCAUUUUUAUGAGUGGGUCUGUGUACAGUAGGAGAUGGGGAUUAGUGGUCUAUGCUGGCCCGGUGUGUACACCUCAGAUCUCAAGUUGGAGGGAUCUUGGAUAGCAAAUAAGAAUGUACAAUUCCUCCUAGGAUGUCACUGGGCUAGGGAAAAGGCUUAUAACUGUAGCAAUAUUUGAAAAGCCAGACUGAAAGGAGAUUGGAAAUGGCAUACUCUGAGCAAUAAUGUAUGUAUAAAGUAUAGGUUAAAAUGAUAGUGUCACUUACAACAGGGCUUGACGAAUUUGCUUUGAAUCUACGAUCCAGCUAAAAAAGUUAGGAGCCAGAUUUUAAAAUACAAUUCUUAAAGGGAAACGAUAAUCACCAGGACCACUACAGCUUUGGUUCUGGUGUCUAUAGACAGUCUCUGCAGUUUUCAAUGUAAACACUGACUUUUUACAUUGCAUCCUUGUGACACCUCUAGUGACCGUCACUUUGUUUGGACUGCCACUAACAGUGUUUCCUGUGUCAGUGCUGCACAGUGUGCAGCACCUACUUUCAGUGCCUCCACACUCUGCAUGGAGUCGCUGAACAUUCCCCAUAGAGAUACAUUGAUUCAAUGCAUCUCUAUGAGGAGAUGCUGAUUGGUGUAGCGUUUUGCAGCCAGUCCUGUGGCAAAACAUUGGAUUGGCUGAGAUCAUCAAGCUUGAUGACCUCAGCCAUAGAGGCAGGGCCAGUCGAGGAGAUACCAGCACGGUGUGGGGAGAAAAAAGGUGAGUAAAAACACUAUUCCAUUGCGAACGGAAGGGGUCUGGUAAUCUAAACACACACACCAUGACAGAGACACACACAUAUACCAUGACACAGACAGACACACACUAACAGACUGACUCACAUUAUUGCUUGUAUUUAUACCUUUUGGGUCCAGUGGGCGACCGGCCAGAGGAUUGUGCAGGCGGACGGCAUGCUGGGGAAUCGUUCAGGCGGGCAGCAAGUUGGAGGAUUAUGGAUGCGGGCGGCAUACUGGGUGGGCGGUUUGCUGUGCGAAUAGUAGGCACUUUUAGGGAGAUGUGCUGUCUCUGCUCUGCUCCCCAGCGUGCAGCUUAAUGCCACUCAGUAUGCCACCUGCCUCAGAGGUAAGGGGCUCGCAUAUACCAGGCACCAAGGCUAAAUUCUUAGGAGCCAUGGUGACCUGGCGUCUGGGAUCUGUUGAGCCCUGACUUACAAUAUUUGUCACUUACCUGGGUCUAUCGUCUUCUCUCAUAGUCUGCCAGCGGGGGAGACGUAAUGCGCAUGCGCUGCAAUGGUCGCGCUCGCAUUAGGAUUUCCCCACGGGUAAGCAUUAUUCAUUGCUUUCCUGUGGGGUUUCGGGUGACGCUGGACAUCCCCAUGCAUAGGGUGAGGACAUCCAGCGUCAGCUAGGUGACCAAAAGUCGCCUAAGAGCCUGGAAGUCCCUCUGGUGGCUUUCUGGCAGACAGCCACUAGAGGUGGAGUUAACCCUAUCAGGUAAUUAUUGCAGUUUCUUAAAAACUGCAAUGAUUACCUGCUCAAGGUUAAGGGACCUGGGACAGUGCACCCAGACCACUUGAAUGAGCUGAAGUGGUCUGGAUGCCUAUAGUGUCCCUUUAAGACUUGUCACAUGUAAGUUAAAGGGACACUAUAGUCACCAUAACAACUACAGCUUAUUGAAUUUGUUCUGGUGGGUAGAAUGAUUACCUUUUUCUUGUAAAUACUGUCUUUUCAGAGAAAAUGCAGUGUUUACAUUACAGCCUAGUGAUAACUUCACUGGCCACUCCUCAGCUGGCUGUUAGAGAUCCUUCCUGGGUCAUGGCUGCCUAAAAUGCAUCCAAACAUUCAGUAUCUCCUCCCUCUGCAUGCAGACACUGAACUUUUCUCAUUCAUUGAUUCAAUUCAUCUCUAUGAGGAGAUGCUGAUUGGCCAGGGCUGUGUUUGAGUCAUGCUGGCUCUGCCCCUGAUCUGCCUCUUUGUCAGUCUCAGCCAAUCCUAUGGGGAAGCACUGUGAUUGGAUCAGGCUACCACUUCUGAUGAGGUCAGCAGACUACUUGUUUUUUUGAGGCAAACAGCAUGCAGAGUUACAGCUUCUGGCUUGAUACAGUAAGCUUUUACUAUAUUUAUGGAGGCAUGAGGGGCCCAGGGGGGCUAGAUGGUGGUUUUAACACUAUAGCGUCAGGAAUACAUGUUUGUGUUUCUGACCCUAUACUGAUCCUUUAAAUGCAAUCUUUGGAAGUCAUGGAGCAUAAACAAAAUCAUAGCUUCUGAUUAAGCUAUAAGUAGCUUCUGAAUAUUAGAAAAAUCAGUAAACCUAAAGUAUAAGUUAUGGAUUUCUUUAAAAUUGAAGAAAAAUCUAAUCUAUAAUACAUUUAAAUAUUUAAUAUAAAUUUACAAAACAAGAGUAAAUCUGUGAAUAAAGUGGAGGUAUUAAAUUGGCCUAAGGUUUGUGCUUGAUAUUUUGGUGUAGAUGGUAAAAUGUAUGUAAAUGGUAUAUAGUUUGUUGUGAAAUACUGACAUUUACAUCUGAUCAAUUUUAACAGGUACACCCUUCCCAAAGAACUUCCUGCAAGUAGUAAAAAAGAUACUGUCCAGGCUCUUCAGAGUAUUUGUCCAUGUCUAUAUUCACCACUUUGACAGGAUCAUCCACAUGGGAGCAGAAGCUCAUGUAAACACCUGCUAUAAGCAUUUUUAUUACUUUGUAACAGAAUUUAAUCUGAUGGACACCAAAGAACUUGAGCCUUUGGUGAGUGUGGAUUUGUUUUUAUUAGUAAUCCUUAGUGUAAUUAGAUGUUAAAUUUGCUUGCAAUAUGUGGAGAAUGGUGGUCUUAUAUCCGAUAAAGUUAGAUUUUUUUUUACUUGGGGGUAAAAAAACUAUAAGCUUAGCUUCUGUCAGCGCAGGUAUAAAACUUCUAUUAAAUGUAUGGUCACAUCGGGAAUCACCUUAAAUAGGCCACCUGUAUUUAAUUUUUCUAGUGUAGCAUACCUAAUUUUCUUCAUCCCUUUUAUAUAAGAUGCCUCUGACCCAUCUGAAUUAAAGGGACAUGAGGCACCAGAAACUUUACAGCUUUAUGUAGUGCUUCUGGUGCAAAGAGACUGUGCCUGCAGGUCUGUGAAAACGUAUUGUUUACGUAUUUCCCUAAGCCUGUGUCUACACUAACGGCCACUAGAGGCAUUUCCUGAUGCAGUCCUGCAAUGUCUUCACACUCUAUCUUAAGUCAGAGGUGCCGACUACCGCAGCAUGGCAACUGUUGUGCUUAUAUACUAGCCCGUAAAUACAUAUAAAUAUAUAUAUAUCAUUAUUUUUUUUAUUUUUUUUUUAUUUUUUUUUUGAUAUCGGGAAAAGUAAACCUAAUAAGAAUCCAGGGCCAUGACCACUCCACUUUAAGCUGGCUUAUUUUCAAAUAAAAGUAUUGAAACUAAAGUCUGCCUGUUUCCUUCCUUCGAGUCAGUCGUGUCUCUCGCUAAAACUACUCCUGUUCUGUAUUCUUGUUAACAGAAGGAAAUGACAGCGAAGAUGUGCCACUAAGAUUGGACUUCCUCUUUUACACCACCUUCCCUCUCCCUUCCAUUGCCUGUGGAGCCUGUCAAUCAACUGCUGAACUUUGGAGAAGAGACUUUGCCUUUUCAUAUGCCUAGAUAUCUUUCUAUGAUAUAUUUUUCAAGUCUAUUUUUUUUCCUUAGCUGGCACUUAAAGCUGUGAUAAAUUCAGGAAAAAAGAAAUCGAGGAGCUGUACAAAAUCUGUUUGUAGAUAUAUUUUUGUAUGUUCGUAGCAUUCCAUUCUAUGAUAUCUCAUGUCUGAAGAAAAAUGCACUCAAAAGAUUCAGUUAAUUUUUAGGUUCACGUUUAUAGAAAAAUACUGUUGCUCUCAUUAGCAGCAUUUACAUACCAACACUUCACUUAUGAUAUGAAUAUAAUUACAUUUAAAAGAUGUUUCAAUUCAACACAUGGUUAUCUUGAAAUUGUGCAGACACGAUACACUCAAUUCAUAGAAAGUUUCCUCCCCUCCCCCCCCCCCAUUUAAACGGAAACACAAUUUGUUUACAAAAUAUACAUUGACAUGUUCCUAUAGUGUCUAAUGUAACCAGAUAUGUUUUUUUUUUUUUUUUUUUAAUGGCUUGGCAGAAGAUACCUAGAAAUAAUGUAUUGAGAGUAUAGCUCUCUCAAAUCUUCCAUUGCUGGAUUCAAAUCACAAGCCAAAAACGCAGGGAAAAUAUAAUAGUUUUUUUUUUUUAUUUUUUUUAUCACAUAUGCAGAGAUUAAUUUUUUUAUUUAUUUUUUUUUUUUUUUAAGUGGACUGGUCAUACACAAAAUAUUUGUAGAUAAGGUGAUCGCUCUUUGAUGUGUGUAAAAUGUUCUGUAUGUCAUGUUGGCUUUCAAGAUGCUCGUCGAAGUGGACGCAUACCGACAUGUACAUCUUUCAUUGUAUGCUGACAAUAGCAUCCAAUUGUAUUGAAUGUUAUGUCUGAGUUAAGGGAUGCUACUCUAGUCAAUCAAGACAGGUGGAUGUAUGUGUAUUUGCUGUAGAAACGGUUUUGUUUUGUUUGUCUUUUUCUUGCCAUUAUAGCAGUGGCAUUUGCCAGCCCAGUGUAUGGAAAAACUUGACAAAGGGAGAUUUAAACCGUUUUAAAUCUGCAGAUUCCCUGUGUUACUUGGUUUUGUAGUAGGUAAAUACAGUGAUUUGUGUGUAAAUACACUUAUCUGAAUAAGCUUUACAUAUUAAGAUAGGAUUGCAGAUUAACUUUACUACACCAGCACAUUCCAGUGGAAUUUAGCCUUCCCAGAGACCUGUACAUGAACCAUUAAACUUUCUACAAACAACAUUGUUGUUAUACUAGCUUGUUAUCCAGAAUAUGAGCCAUAUAAAAGUAAAAGCAAAGAACAGUUAAUAAUAUAAAAUCUCUGGUGCACAGGUUGUGAAUGAUUUUUAUCGGUACGUUGCGUUGCAGCAUAAUCUUCACUUUUUAGGUUGAUAAAAUGACGCCAUUGAGUUAUUAGGGUGCAAUUUAUUUUUACAUUCUAAAAUAUGUUGAGCUGUCCCGCUAAAAAUCAGCUGAUGAAUUUCCUCAAGUUGCCCAGUAUAGUUAACGGGGUUACUCCAAGCAUUAUAACCUCUACAGCCUGCUCUAGUGAUCUAGUGGUAGGAGUACCCUGCCCCCACUCCCGGUUAAUAGGGCAGGCACUUUUACAAUGGUCACCAGUUGCCGUGUUCACUCUGCAGCAGGCUUACAACAUCCAGCUUCUGCAGAGCUGCACAUGCUGAAUGCUGACCCGACCAGCCCUACAUUGGCGGAGAACAUCAGUUGACUGCUCACAGCCAAUGUACACCUCUCUGUGCAUAUAUUCAUGGAAUUGGAAUUACCGUAUUUUUCGCUCCAUAAGACGCACCUAGUUUUUAGAGGAGGAAACCCAGAAAAAAAAAAAUAUUCUGAACAAACUGUCCCAUAGUGUUUCUCAACACCCCCCUCCCCUGUCUCAUACCACCCACUCUCCUCUCCUGUCCCAUAGUGAUCUUAACACCCCCCUCCCAGUGUUCCUUACCACCCACUCCCCUCUCCUGUCCCAUAGUGAUCUUUAACCCCCCCUCCUCUGUCCCAUAGUGAUUUUUAACCCCCCCUCCCCUGUCCCAUAGUGUUCUUUAAACCCCCUUUCCCAUAGUGUUCUUUAAACCCCUCUCCCCUUGUCCAAUAGUGUUCUCCCCUCCCCUUGUUCCAUAGUGAUCUUUCCCUCCCAUAGUGUCCCCCUCCCCUUGUCCCACACUGUCCCUUAGUUACCUGUAUUGUAGCGUGGGCCGGCAGAACAGCGCGCACUGCGGUACAGGAACUUAAAUUUCGGUUUCCGGCCGGACUGAAAGGAACUGUGCAUACUAAGUGCGCACUUCCUUUCAUUCCAGCCGGAAACUGAAAUUUAAGUUCCUGUACCGCGGUGCGCACUGUUCUGCUGGCCUGCGCUACGAUACAGGUAAGUAAAGCUUCACAUUCGCUCCAUAAGAUGCACAGACAUUUCCCCUUGAGGGGGGAAAAAAGUGCAUCUUAUGGAGCGAAAAAUACUGUAGCCAGCCCAGUACUCUUGUUCCAGGUUUGCCAAAAACACCGUAAUGAUUUUGUCAGAGGUGGAGUUACACUCAGUAUGUGGAGUGUUUCAAAGAAAAACAGGUAUGACCACUUUAAAUCACUAAAGUGGAGUGGUUAUGAUGCUUGGAGUAAGCACAAAGGUGCAGUCUAACCGAUGACCGUGCAGUUGGUACAUCUUUUCUAAUGCGGCCUGUGAUUGUUGACCCCGUCCGUAUGAUGAAAAUCCCUCCCCCUCUUGCUCUGCCAUUUCAUAAAGUAACACGGCUUUGAAAUUUUAACAAAUAUGUAGAUACAUUCCCAGAGAAAAUAUACAUGUAUUUUUCUUUUUCUGCUUGUUUUCUUUGGGGGUAUAUGAAAUUCUAGCUUGCAAAAGCUGCAACUCUGAUUUGGUCUUUUGAUUGGGGUUUUAAUAGGAUGUUUCCUAUAGAUUGGUAAAUAAGCAGUCUAUAUCACAUAUAUAAAGUUAACCUUAUUUUAUUCAUAAGGUAAGCGUAAACAUUUAAAAGUAAUAUAUCGUUCACUUGACAUAAGGUUUUUAUUGUCCCUUUAAAAUGACAUAUAUAAGUGACACAUCUUAACUGUAGUUCAUUGACAAACAUUUCUUUACAUUUCAAAUACUGUCAGUUCUCUCGUAAUUAAACCGUAAACAUUUUACUGCACAGCAGUUAGGGGAUCCAUUGUAAUAUCUUUUUCAUAACUCACAAGGUGAAUUUAAGCCUGUAUGUUUCAUUCAAUCUUAUCUUAUUUUGUUUUACACUUUACCUUGCAAUAAAUCAAUACGCUUGUUCUAUGUUCUUUGUUAGAAAUGCUAAUUUCACAAUGACAGGUUUUUUGUUUUUUUUGCAUAAUACACCAGUAAGUUUACAACAGAAAUCUAUUUAGGUUAUUGCAUUAAGUGUAUUGACCUACUGACUAGUUCAUGCACAAAUAUUACAUUCUCACCUAAUAUGCCUAAAAGAAACUUUGUUUAAUUUAUUUUUGUAAUUAUGCAUUUUUUUUCUUCUUUUAUCUAGUUGAUUUACUUAAUGCGAGAAAAACAAGUUUUUCUAUUUUCAUAUAUCUAGAAAGAAUUUAAAGUAUCCGGUAUUUUCUACUCACAUUUACAAACUGUCACUGAAACUGAAUAAAUUAUGCAGUGUUUACUAACUGGCGUUCCUCAUUUUAUAUAGUGAUUUCUCUUUUAUAGAAGGUAUAAACACAGC